AUGACUCUCUUACGAGGCUGGCUCGCCCAGAAUAUCGAACAGUCUCUGGCAGAGGCAUUGAUUUGGCUAAAGUCAACGCAAGUCGUAAAUCAAAAUGUCGACAAGUCUCACAGUCAAUUUUCUUAUGAGCAGGAAAAACUUACCAUAAAGCUCCAAAAGCCCGGAUUGAUCCAAAUAAUCGGUAGCACCAAAGUACGGAAUUCUCUUCAAUUUAUGACAGUGUCUGAUGGUACCACCGAGAUUGCAGCAAUAUUUCAGCAAGACUUUUUGAAGAGCUUUUUGGAAAAGAACAAAAGAGCACUUGAGGGGCUAAUAGGAGAGGUACUAGCAGCGGGGGAAUGCCAAUUGCAAAUCUCUGGCUCGGCUCGUGCCUUAGAAUUCGGAGGGACUACUGCUAGCACACUGCUUACAAUGAAAGAGCUCUUAAAUCCAAACGAUUGCGACAACGACUUUCACUCAAAUCUCGAACCCAGAUCUCCACAUUUCUCUCCACCUUUAUACUCUUCGAAAUUUGCGACACAGAUUUCUGAAUCCCGAAAAGAAAAGAAUGUGAUUUCUGGAGUGCAGGUGCCAGACGUUCUACGCGUUAUUCAACGAAACCAAGAGCAAGCCAUCCCAUACACGAGCACUAGGCCUCAACUCAAUGAACCUGGACCAUCACUUGACUCUGCCAAUAUUACGAGUGUAGCACAGCCAGUUUCACCAAAGUCAAGGUCCGCUGCGACAAAUUCGGAGAGAGAUGAUGUAGGAAAUACGACAGAUGCACACAUCCCACGGUUGUCCCCAAAGCGUUCUAUGAAUAAGCAAGAAAUUGGUAGCGAUAGCAUACGAGGGAACAACAAGUCUAGUGCAAGCAAUGCAAGGCUUAUGGUCAAUGAUUCUGCUACUGCGAAUAGACGUAAGGUCUAUCAAAUUGAAGAGACGCACUCAUUCCAGGAUAACUCAACAUUAAUAUCGCGUUCUUAUGAACGGAUUUCUAGAGAACAGAUGAAUAUCUUGAAUCGUGAGGAGUCGUGGUACUCAUCGUCAGAGAAUCAUGAUUCUAUUCCUCUAACAAUUCUGCAAGCCCAGUUGGCACUCCACGAGAAGCGGCUGGUUGCACAGACUUCAGCCUAUCGUAAGAAUAUGAUACAGAGCACCGAAGAUCUUACCUUGGAUCAAGACCGAGAUACUGCCGAAGCAGAAGAUAGUGAAGACGGUGAUGAUAGCCAUCAUGAAAAUGACGUCUUAAAAGGCUCUUACAAAGAUGCUGAAGAAGUCGAGUAUACUUAUGAAUUGUCCCAGUCUCAAAUAAUACAUGACCACGACGAGGGCCAUCAGUCAGAUAGUGCAACGAGUGAUGCGUCUGGGAUUUCUUGGAGCCGGACCCCAGAAGCGGAUCCAAGGCUCAGACAAGUGGCUGAGGAAAACGAUGUUUCCGAUCAAACUUUAGACAAAGGACAUUUGCAGCCUAUUGACAAUGCGAUAAUUAAGAAAGGUGUUGACAUGCCUAGUCAGAAUGAAUCUAACGAGCCAACUUUAGAGGCUUUUCGAAAGCGCAUGGUCAACUCGCCUCCUCCUUCUCCCGCUGUCGCACAAAGCGCACGAACUUCUGCCAUUAAUAUCAGAGUGCCUACAGAAUCAACCUGGAAUCCAGCUAGUAGCCCUUCUGAUGACGAGGAGAUGGAUUUGGAGGUUCCGCAUGUCCUAGGCGAUCAAAUUCAGAGCAGCAAUUUACAUGCAAAUGAACUCCAACAUAUGUCACAACAUUCUCUGCCCGGAACCGCUGGGCAUAUGUGUGUAGUACAAGUCAAAAAGACCCCGAAUCAGAGAAAUCAUCCCAACAAAGAUUUAUCCUCAGAUAUUAUCAUCCCUGGAACUUACACUAGCUCACAAAACGAGCCUGACGAAGACAACUUCUACAUCCCUAAGUCCGGGGUAUUCUCACUACCGCGGCCCCCCAAGUCACCUUCGCCAACGACCGAGGCUUUCAACGAGACGCUUCAAAAUAAGCACGAGCAACAUAAUCUCAAACUUCAACACCUUUGUGACCAACAUAUAUCAUCAUGGUCUAAUAGUAAUAUGAUACGCCAGAUUAUAGCUCACCCUUACUCGCCUCUACAAAUUCCUAAUCUUGAUGGAGCUACUUCUGAUGUCGUCCCACCCUCUACUGAUAGAAGCUCUUCCAUGAACUAUUCGCCUUCAAGCCGAAAGUCUCCAGACCGAAACUAUAACGGGGGCCGUUCCGCAAAACGACGAAGAAUAACAGAUCCUGUUGCUUUAGGCUUCAGUCAAGAAGAAACCUCUUAUAGGGACAGGACUGGAUUGGCAAGAGCCAUCAGGCGAAGGGUCUUGCAAAGCCUACCACCAUCAGAAGAUUCGCGAAUGGCCGAAGAUGAUAUCGAGAAAGACUUACAAAGCCUAGCAUCACCAAAAGAUUCGCGAACUGUCGAGGAUAGUAUCGAGAAGGACUUACCUAGCACAGUAAUCUCUGAAAAGUUUUCUGCAUACAACAAUAGACCUCUCGACCACUUAACAUCGCCUUUAAUGACCGCAAACGACGAUGACACGAGCAGGAAGUCGAUCCUGCCUGACGAGACACAGUCAAGCUCGAGGCAGGUCCAUCAGUCUGAGCAGAAGCCUAUUUCACUUUUUGAGGAGUAUCGCAAGACUUACUCACGGUACGCUGGCAGUAAAAAACAAUUCAUACAAGCACUUGUAUAUCUCGAAUGGCUGGGAACAAUCAGACAACCUCAUGAAGCAUUAUGGGAUGAUUUUGUUCGAUGCUUUGCUCAGGAGUAUUCGAACCAUCUCCGGACCGGUGCAACCAAAAUGACUGGAAUUUUAUUCCACAAGGAAUCAGACAUUGAUGUCGAAUUCUUCCAUCCCACACCGAUUGGUCGAAUAACCACUCAAGAAAGCCUCAAAGCUGCUUUGUCACCCGAAUCUCCUGAUUAUGAUUUGAUUGAAGAUAUUCGUAGAAAAUAUAAAGGCGCUGCAAGACCUGCCUUGCAGCAAUCAAGUGUUCCUAGUAGCGACAAAUCAGAACCUGCAAAGCAACCGUUUAGUGAGCAGAUGGCUAUUGCAGAUACUAACGACACUUUAGUUCCAGGUGUUUCCAAACAGCUUGACAUAGCCGUCCCACAACGGCCUUUCGAAACCACAAACCAAACGCCAUUAUUUUCAAAUACAGACUUCACGCCUAGGAGGCAAGAAAAGGGGCUGACCGUUCCAAGAACGGAAACGUCAAUGUCGCGGUCAAAGGCACCUAAAAUGCUUGAGACUGUAGCGGCAUCAACGAGCGCUUUGAAAGAGCCUGAAAAAGUUGCCCCACGACGGUUUUUCGAAACCUCAAGUCAAUUGCAAUUAUCUUCAGAUCUAGGUUCUUUGCCUCGUGAUAGUCUCCCGUCCACUCAAAAGCUGGCUUCACCGAUGAAUUCGCCUAGAACACCGAAUGGUCAAUCAAUUCAAUCUAAAGCUAUUGAGUUGGCACCUCCGAUUUGGAAAGAGGCCUCUUUCAUUAUGAGUGAAAAGAUGUCUUCCACAGAGCGCAGACCACAAGAUCGUUCAUCAAAGCCAUCACUGGAGAGAUCAAUACACCCACUCUCUUCACACAGCAAGUCUAUGGCAGCCUUAAAUAAACCAGAAAAGGUUACGGACUGGCUUAAGAAUCAGGAACAACCCAUGAAUAUUGAAAAGCCUCCAAAGUUAACUUCAACCACACAAGCAUUCAAGGGAAAGUGGGAAUUCGGCAAGUAUCUAGCACAAAAACGACGGGAGAGUGCCCACCGUCCUCCAAGAUUGACACCGAGGACUAGUUUUAGCUUAAAAUCUAGAUCUAGCAGUGGCAGUAAUGGCUCGCCCAUGUAG